GAGAGAGAGAGAGAAUUUGGUAAUUAUGCGCUGCAGACGUCCUACAGUAAGAUCAGUGAGCUCGAGCUCGUUCUCCCCCCGCGUGGCGCGCUCUCACUGGUCAACGAUUCUGAUCAACGAGAAUUCGGGUGAAACUCGUCCCCUCCCCCGUGCGACCUACCCACCAUCGCCAUCGAUCUACCACCCCCUUCUCUCUGCAACCGGAACGAGGCUCUCGGGGAGACGAAGAGGAAGGGAGAGGCUCUGAAUCCAACCCAUGUCUUCUUCGAGGCUUCAAGCUCUCUGGAACCACCCGGCCGGUCCCAAAACCAUUCACUUCUGGGCACCGACAUUUAAAUGGGGCAUCAGCAUAGCCAACAUUGCCGACUUCUCUAAACCGCCAGAAAAGCUCUCUUAUCCUCAGCAAAUUGCGGUUGCCGCCACUGGUAUUGUCUGGUCACGCUACAGCACAGUGAUUACUCCUAAAAAUUGGAAUCUCUUCAGUGUAAAUGUUGCUAUGGCUGGGACAGGCCUCUAUCAAUUAGGGCGCAAAAUUCGGCAUGACUACUUCUCAGAUGCUGAACCAGCCCUCGCUAAAGAAUGAUGAUGAAAAAUUUGUUGAAGGGGCUGGCGGUCGGGCAAAAGCUUCUUUCUUGCGUUGCUUUUGCAAGAUCAUCUCCACUUUGAUGCCUUUAUUUUUGUUUGUGUGGUUAUGAGGUCUCUGCCAUAUGUCUCUUGUUCUCUUUGCACUAUGCAUUCAUAAAAUUUAGCAUUUUGGCAGACCAGUGGAUCCCUCUUUGAUCAAUGACCUUUUUCCCUUCCCAAAUUAUUAACGAUCCAUUUCUAUCUGUAACAUCCAUUGAGAACAAUCUGCAGCAGUACAGAUCUUUGAUUGCUCUCUGUACGCAUCUGCAUUCGGUUUGUCUCUUUACUUUUCCUGCUUUGACACAGAUUAUUGAUCAAGUAAAUGGCAUCUUAUGAAAUAA